CAUGCCGGGAGCGCCCGUGCCGGGGCGAUGGCGGCGACGGGGGGCGCGGGGCCACUGUCAGGGGGCGCGGCAGGACGCUCCAAGGUGGCGCCGAGCGUGGACUUUGAUCACAGCUGCUCAGACAGCGUCGAGUACCUGACUCUUAACUUCGGGCCCUUCGAGACAGUGCAUCGCUGGCGCCGCCUGCCGCCUUUAGACGAGUUCGUGGGAGCCCGGCGCAGCAAGCACACAGUGGUGGCCUACCGCGACGCCAUCUACGUCUUCGGUGGCGACAACGGAAAAACAAUGUUGAAUGACCUGCUAAGAUUUGAUGUGAAGGAUUGCUCUUGGUGCAGGGCUUUUACUACUGGGAGUCCUCCAGCACCUCGGUAUCACCAUUCGGCAGUAGUUUAUGGGAGCAGCAUGUUUGUGUUUGGUGGCUACACUGGAGACAUUUACUCCAACUCCAAUUUGAAGAAUAAAAAUGAUCUCUUUGAGUAUAAGUUUGCAACUGGCCAAUGGACAGAGUGGAAGACGGAAGGAAGAUUGCCAGUUGCAAGGUCAGCUCAUGGUGCAACAGUGUAUAGUGACAAACUGUGGAUCUUUGCAGGGUAUGAUGGAAAUGCUCGAUUAAAUGAUAUGUGGACGAUUGGCCUACAGGACAAAGAGCUGACAUGCUGGGAAGAGAUUGAACAGAGCGGCGAGAUCCCUCCGUCAUGCUGUAAUUUUCCUGUGGCUGUUUGCAAAGACAAGAUGUUUGUGUUUUCAGGCCAGAGCGGAGCAAAGAUCACCAACAAUCUCUUUCAGUUUGAAUUCAAGGAAAAAAUUUGGACACGAAUUCCUACCGAGCACCUACUUCGGGGUUCUCCUCCUCCUCCACAGCGAAGAUAUGGCCAUACCAUGGUUGCCUUUGAUCGUCAUCUCUAUGUGUUUGGUGGUGCAGCAGAUAAUACAUUACCUAAUGAACUUCACUGCUAUGAUGUAGACUCUCAAACAUGGGAAGUUAUCCAGCCCAGUCCAGAUAGUGAGCUGCCUAGUGGGAGACUUUUCCACGCUGCAGCCGUCAUCUCAGAUGCCAUGUAUAUCUUUGGAGGGACAGUGGACAAUAAUAUUAGAAGUGGAGAAAUGUACAGAUUCCAGUUUUCUUGUUACCCAAAAUGUACUUUGCAUGAAGAUUAUGGAAGACUAUGGGAAAACAGGCAGUUCAGUGACUUGGAGUUUGUUUUGGGAGAGAAAGAAGAACGAGUCCGUGGUCAUACAGCAAUUGUCACAGCUCGCUGCAAAUGGCUAAGGAAGAAAAUUAUACAGGCAAGGGAAAGAUUGAAACAGAAAUCUAAGCAAGAGAUUGAAGAAGAGGGACGAGAGAUGUCCCAGAAGGAAGGAGUAGGUGGUAAUGUUAAGCCGUGCCGCCAGCAGCCGCUGCUGGAGGUGACUAUCCGGGAAGCUGAAGCGCAGCCCUUUGAGGUGCUCAUGCAGUUCCUGUACACAGAUAAAAUAAAAUAUCCACGCAAAGGUCAUGUGCAAGAUGUUCUUCUUAUCAUGGAUGUGUACAAACUAGCCCUGAACUUUAAGCUCUCUCGACUAGAACAGCUCUGUGUCCAGUAUAUUGAAGCAUCUGUAGAUCUCCAGAAUGUGCUCACUGUGUGUGAAAAUGCUAACAAGCUUCAGCUAGAUCAGUUAAAGGAACAUUGCCUAAACUUCGUGGUGAAAGAAUCGCAUUUUAAUCAAGUAAUAAUGAUGAAGGAAUUUGAACAUCUUUCCUCGUCCCUGAUAGUGGAGAUAGUACGGAGAAAACAACAGCCUCCUAUUCGAAUGCAUUCUGAUCAGCCUAUUGAUAUUGGCACAUCUUUGAUUCAGGACAUGAAGGCUUAUCUAGAAGGAGCUGGGAUGGAUUUCUGUGAUAUCAUUCUACUGUUAGACGGCCAUCCAAGACCAGCCCAUAAGGCUAUUCUUGCAGCCCGCUCCAGUUACUUUGAAGCUAUGUUCCGUUCUUUCAUGCCAGAAGAUGGACAAGUAAAUAUUUCUAUAGGUGAAAUGGUUCCCAGUAAACAAGCAUUUGAGUCUAUGCUGAGAUACAUUUAUUAUGGUGAAGUGAACAUGCCUCCUGAAGACUCCCUCUACCUCUUUGCGGCACCUUAUUAUUAUGGCUUCUUCAACAACAGACUUCAAGCAUACUGUAAGCAGAAUUUGGAAAUGAAUGUUACAGCGGAAAAUGUGCUCCAGAUUUUAGAGGCAGCUGACAAGACCCAAGCUCUGGACAUGAAGAGACACUGCUUGCACAUCAUUGUUCAUCAGUUCACCAAGGUCUCCAAGUUGCCAAAUCUCCGGUUCCUCAGUCAGCCGCUCCUUCUUGACAUCAUAGAAUCAUUAGCAAAUCACAUAUCAGACAAGCAGUGUGCGGAGCUGGGUUCAGACAUAUAGGAUACUUUCUGUAAAACAGAUAUUUUAUUUGUUCACGAAAGGGUAGCACUUUACAAACCUCAUCUCUCUGCCUUCUUAACCAUUGCAUUCUAAGCUCUGAAUGUCAACGUGAUACAACA